GGCGCGGGGCGCAGCCCGGGGGCGCGCCCGGACCAGGUGAGCCCUCAUUUCCGACCAGCCUGGCACCCCUGUCCACCGCAGCCAGGAUGCCAACGAGGCGCUGGGCCCCCGGCACCCAAUGCAUCACCAAGUGUGAGCACACGCGCCCCAAGCCCGGGGAGCUGGCCUUCCACAAGGGCGACGUGGUCACCAUCCUGGAGGCCUGCGAGAACAAGAGCUGGUACCGAGCUAAGCACCACGCCAGCGGGCAGGAGGGGCUGCUGGCGGCCGGGGCGCUGCGGGAGCGCGAGGCCCUCUCCGCGGACCCCAAGCUCAGCCUCAUGCCGUGGUUCCACGGGAAGAUCUCCGGCCAGGAGGCCGUGCAGCAGCUGCAGCCGCCCGAGGACGGGCUGUUCCUGGUGCGGGAAUCGGCGCGCCAUCCCGGGGACUACGUGCUGUGCGUGAGCUUCGGCCGCGACGUCAUCCACUACCGCGUGCUGCACCGCGACGGCCACCUCACCAUCGACGAGGCCGUGUGCUUCUGCAACCUCAUGGACAUGGUGGAGCAUUACAGCAAGGACAAGGGACCCAUCUGCACCAAGCUCGUGAAGCCCAAGAGGAAGCAAGGCACCAAGUCCGCGGAGGAGGAGCUGGCCAAGGCUGGCUGGCUACUGGACCUGCAGCACCUCACGCUGGGAGCUCAGAUUGGAGAAGGGGAGUUUGGAGCCGUCCUGCAGGGCGAGUACUUGGGGCAGAAGGUGGCGGUGAAGAACAUCAAGUGUGACGUGACGGCCCAGGCCUUCCUGGACGAGACGGCCGUGAUGACGAAGCUGCAGCACCGGAACCUGGUGCGGCUUCUGGGUGUGAUCCUGCACCAGGGGCUCUACAUCGUCAUGGAACACGUGAGCAAGGGCAACCUGGUAAACUUCCUGCGCACCCGGGGUCGGGCCCUUGUGAACACCACGCAGCUCUUGCAGUUUUCUCUGCACGUGGCCGAGGGCAUGGAGUACCUGGAGAGCAAGAAGCUGGUGCACCGGGACCUGGCCGCCCGCAACAUCCUGGUCUCCGAGGACCUGGUGGCCAAGGUCAGCGAUUUCGGCCUGGCUAAGGCCGAACGGAAAGGGCUGGACUCGAGCCGGCUGCCGGUCAAGUGGACGGCACCCGAGGCGCUCAAACAUGGGAAAUUCUCCAGCAAAUCAGACGUGUGGAGUUUCGGGGUGCUGUUGUGGGAAGUCUUCUCAUACGGACGGGCUCCAUACCCCAAAAUGUCCCUCAAGGAAGUGUCGGAGGCUGUGGAGAAGGGGUACCGCAUGGAGCCCCCCGAGGGCUGCCCAGGCCCCGUGCAUGCCCUCAUGGGCAGCUGCUGGGAGGUGGAGCCCGCCCGCCGGCCGCCCUUCCGCAAAGUGGUGGAGAAGCUGGCCCGGGAGCUGCGGUGCACAGGCGCCCCGGCCACGGUCACGGGGCAGGAUGCCGACGGCUCCGCUGCCACCCGAAGCCAGGAUCCCUGACCCCGCCCUGUGGGACCAAGGGGACCAAGAAUGUGGAGACCACAGGACAAGGAUUGGACCAGGCCAAAGGAGGGUCCAGGCCAGAGCCGCCCUCCCAGCCCCAGGCAGGGCAGACCUGGCCAGGGGAUCUCUGGGCACCACAGACCAGGAAGUGGGGGGGGCCAUUGCCUCCAUA